UAUCAGGUGCAUCUCUACGCCCCGAGGGCUCAACUCCUACACUUAAACCCCUCCCACUGAGCAGCCAGCUCCAGUUUCACCAAGCCAGCCCGGCGUGAGAACACAUCCUGCUCCCAGCGCCAGCACCGCGCAGAGACCUGCAUCUCACACCAGCCGUACACCUGGAACCUGACAAGGAUUCUGACCCACUAAGCUCCCAUCUUGACUCUGCCUCUGUCUGCCCUCUCAGCUCCAGGACCACACGGGUGAGACCUCCUGAGGCUCCUUGGCAGUGGAGCUGGCUUUAAGGAACAGAAUUCAGAAAAGAGAGGCGAGACAGGAACUCACCUUCCUAACAGUCACCCAAACUGGACUGAAGAGGAGUCAGCAGUGACCCUUUCACUCAGCCAAUUGGAGUCUGUCACCCAACACAGGGGACAUGAGUCUUCUCAAAGAGCGGAAACCGAAAAAGCCACAUUACAUUCCACGGCCACCAGGGAAGCCCUUCAAGUAUAAGUGCUUCCAGUGCCCCUUCACCUGCAAUGAGAAGUCGCACCUCUUCAAUCACAUGAAGUACGGGCUCUGUAAGAACUCCAUCACACUAGUAUCCGAGCAGGACCGCGCCCCCAAGGGCUCAAAGCCUAGUUCGCUGGACCCUCGGCAGGCCCUACCUCUGGAGCCCACAGCCAAGCCAGUCCCUGCCAAGGCACUCUCCCAUGGCUUUUCCGGCCUCGACCUGAAGCCACAGCUCAGCCCUGCCAAGGAGGAUGCCAAGGAGGACCUGGAACUGCCAGUGCAGGGGGCCCACAGGUGCCCUCAGAGGCCGACCCUGCAGAGGGAGUUGACCCCAGAAGCUACUCUUGGUACCCAGCCUUCUCUGGACAGCGAGAUUCGGCCUUCAGCAUUCGUUCCAGUUGGGGAGCACAGACUCAAGGGGCCAGACAACACAGAGGUCCCAGAGACACUAGCACUAACCAAGUCAACAGCAAAAGCCACAUCUUUCCACACCAAGUCUGCGUUCCACACACCUGGCUACCCCUGGAAAGUGGGCUCCUCGUUCCUCCCAGCUGAGUUUCCACACAAAAUCCCACCUGCAAAGGGAUUUGGCACCAUCUCUCCCUAUGUGCACUCUACAAUCCCAGAGUACCCCCCACCCUUCUAUACGGAGCACGGCUUGGCCACAAUCUACUCCCCCUACCUCCUUGCUGGAAACACACCUGAGUGUGAUGCCACCCUAUUGUCCGUCUAUGGGCCCCAAGACCAAAGACACUUCCUGCCUCACCCCGGGCCACUCCCCAAGCACUUGGCCCCAUCUCCAUCAGCAUAUGACCAUUACAGGCUGCUCCCACAGUUCCACGCCAAUCUGCCCCUGCCUUACAGCUUUUACAGACCUGAGUCAGCAUUUACCUCCUACCUCAGGCUCCCACCUGUGGCAGGCAUAGCGCGGGACCAAAGCUCUCGGCUGCUAGAGGAUGGUGCCCUGGUCUACCCGGCCUCAAGUCCCUCUGAGUUAAACCCUUCCACCUCCCACAGGAAGCACACAGAGUUUGAGAAAAGAAGUCCAACUCCUGAGGCUAAGGACCCUUCCAAAGACACGGAAGGGGCCAAAAUGAGCCCCCGUGCAGGCAGCGCAGCCACAGGCUCUCCAGGAAGACCAAGCCCCACCAACUUCACACAGACCAGCCAGACAUGUGAAGGUCUGUGUGACCUCUCAAACAAAGCAGCUUCGGACACUCCCGGACGGCUCCAGCAGCCCAAACAAAGCGCCACAGCCUUCAAGCCUGUCCAGAAAAACACAGAACACCCUGGUUCCCAGCCCCCUGUAAACACAGCAGAGUCUCCCAAAAGUCUCCAGGUUGAAGACAGAGCUCCUCCAGCACAGACAGGAGGUGCCACGCCCAUCCUUGAGGCCCCACCCUCUAGCCCUGAGGAUGGCUCUGCGAUCCACCCCCUCAACCUCUCCAAGAAGCUGGAGACAAACCCUUCUGCUGCUCACUCACCAAAGUACACAGGCAGCACCCCAGUGGGCCUGGACUUCUCUGAGCCUCAGGACCUGCCCCUCAACCUCUCUGUGAAGGAUGCCUGCCUCUCUCGAGGCCUGCAGCCCACUGCUCCCAGCUCACUGCAGGGUGUAGAACCCGCUACUGUUGCUCCAAAGACUGAGACAAAAGGUUCUGGAGAUGGGCCAGGCCAGGCUGACACAAAGGACGAUGAGGCCCCCUGUGGGAAAGCCCCAGACACACAUGUGGUGGACAGUGGUGAUGAGCAGAAGCAGACGGCAGCUGUGGCCCUCUGUCAGCUGGCGGCCUUCAGCCCCGGGAAUGUCCGGGCAGGUGACGGAGAGCCUACUGCCCAGGAGUCUGCCUGCCAGGACAUAUCCACACCCAGUCCCAAGGAGAGCCAGGGGGCUCAAUGCGACCUCAGGCCCAAAGGACAAAAGAGGACAAGUCAAAGGGACGCAGGGAAAUCCCAGCCAGGAGCUAAGAAAAUGAAGCCGAGUGACACGGCAGCACGAGUGUUUACCCUGCGCAGAAGGACCCGAGUAUCAUAAGGCCUGGCCCCAAGCUGCUCACAGCUGCAGGGGCCCUCCCUCUGCAUGCUUUCCCUGCACGCUCCCCAGGCAGCUUCUUCCUUCUCCUUACCAAAAAGUCAGUUCUGUCCAAUUUUUGCCAAUCUUCAGCUGAAUGUGAAAGCUGAACUGAACACCAGUGCCACAUGCAGGGCCACAGGGACCUCAAGGUGGGGCCCACAGGUGCCAGGGUCUCUCACAAACACCUCUUUCACAAGUAUGUUAGCACUAGAGUAAACUAUUUUAAUUGUUUUUCUAUUACAACUAGCUAUGUGUUUUGAAGUAAAUAACAAUUACUGGAACAAUACCAGGAAGAUACAUUUUCAGUACUAGCAUUCAAGUGCUGCAUGUAAAAAUGUUGUGAUUUGUUGUGACUAAAAGAUAAACAUCAAGAGGCUAUUUAUACAAAUAAUUUAUUUCCACAACAAUGGUACACUAUUGGUAACAGUACAAUCGACUUAUUCCAUCCAUGUGCUUAUAAUACUGAAGGGAAUUUUCUAACCUGUUCAGCCUCAUUUUCCACUCCUUAAAUGUAUACAUUAUCAAUUUUCCAAUAAACUCAUAAACUUUAACAACACAUAAGAUGA